GUAGGGCCGGGAUGGGCCGGGAUGCACCGGGAUGGGACCGCGCCGGGAUGGGGCGGGCAACGGGUCCCGAGGCGCUGCGGAGCUGGAGAACCCCCGGGAGCCGUGUCCUGGCAGCCCCCCACGCAUCCCAGAGGCACCAUGAUCCCCGGCGCGGGCCCCCGGAGCUGCUGCCUGCUCCUGCUGCUCUGCCUCCUUCCCUGCCCGCGGGUCCGGGCGGGCAGGGACAGCCCGGGAGUCUCCGCAGCCUCCUUCCUGCAGGAUCUGCUCCAGCGCUACGGAGAGAGCCAGACCUUGAGCCUGAAGCAGCUCAAGGCCCUCCUGAAUCGCCUGGAUGUGGGAGUGGGACAUGCCAACAUCUCCCAGUCACCGCAGCAGCGCCUGAACCUCUCCCGGUGCUUCAGCUCCGUGGAGCUCUUUGCCAUCCACAAUUUGAGUGAGGGCUCUGCCGUGGGGCACAGGGAGUUCAAGGAGUUCUGCCCCACCAUCCUGCAGCAGCUGGAGUCGGGGGCGUGCGCCUCCGAAAACCUGGAAAAUGAGGAAAAUGAGCAGACGGAGGAGGGCAGACCCAGCUCGGCUGAAGUGUGGGGCUUUGGUUUUCUCAGUGUGUCCAUGAUUAACGUGGCCUCCCUGCUCGGAGUCCUCAUCGUGCCGUGCUCCGCCAAGGCCUUUUUCCGCCGGGUCCUCACGUUUUUCAUCGCGCUGUCCAUCGGCACGCUGCUCUCUAACGCGCUCCUCCAGCUCAUCCCAGAGGUGCGGUAGAACGUCCCUGCCCUCUCUCCCGGCUCUGGGGCCCUCUCUGCCUCCAAACCCCGCCGAAUCCAGCCGGUCCCUUCCGUCACCCGAGGCUCAGGGCUCGUCUCAGGGGCUUUUCUCGCCCCCUCCGAGCACCAGGAAACCCUCCGGAGCGGGCAGGGAGGCUGUGUCCUCCAGCCCUGCCGGGUCUGAGGAGUGGGAGUGGGCUGGGAGAAGCUCUUUGCUCCUGGGGUGGCCAGGAGUUUAUCCCUUGGAGGGAUGUGCUCAGCCAUGCUGGAGGCAGCACUAGUGGGAGAGUACUGCGAAACAGAGGAAAUAUCCAUAUAAAAGGAGGAAAUAUCCAUAUAAAAGCACGGAGAACAGCACCGGCUUCCUCUGGAAUCGGCCAAAUUUUACAAGUCCUUUAUUGCCUUUAUUUUAUUCGGCCCCCCCUGCCUCUCCCUGAUUUCCCAGCCCGAUGUUUCUGCAAGGAUUCAGGCU